GCCUCGGGAAGCGCCGCUGCUGCCGCCGCCUCCGCCAUGUCCCGUUUCUUCACCACCGGCUCCGACAGCGAAUCGGAAUCCUCCGUUUCGGGGGACGAACUGACCCCCAAACCCCCAGGGGGCAACUACGGCAAGCCCAUCCUGCUGAGCGAGGACGAGGAGGACACCAAGCGCGUCGUGCGCAGCGCUAAGGACAAACGAUUUGAGGAGUUGACCAACCUGAUUAAGACGAUCCGUAAUGCCAUGAAGAUCCGCGACGUCACGAAGUGUCUGGAGGAGUUUGAGCUGUUGGGUCGCGCUUACGCCAAAGCCAAAAGCAUCGUGGACAAAGAGGGCGUUCCCCGCUUCUACGUCCGCAUCUUGGCCGAUCUGGAGGAUUACCUCAACGAGCUGUGGGAGGAUAAAGAGGGGAAGAAGAAGAUGAACAAGAACAACGCCAAAGCGCUCAGUACGCUCCGCCAGAAGAUCCGCAAAUACAACCGCGAUUACGAGACCCACAUCGCCAACUACAAGCAGAACCCGGAGCAGUCGGAUGAGGAUGAGGAGAAGAAGAGUCGGGAUUCGGAGGGUGAGAGUGAGGAGGAGGAGGAGGAGGAAGGCGUCAGCGCCGCUGUUUUCCUGAAGAGGAAAGACGCUGGCGGCGACUCCCGGGGCCGUUACUUGAAGAAGAUGGAGGCGGAGGAGGAGGAGGAAGAGGAGUCGGAGUCGGAGGAAGAUUGGGGCUCCUCCGACUCGGACACGGACUCGGAGUCGGAUGAAGAAGAGGGGAAAUACACCUCAUUGGCCUCCAAGUUCUUGAAAAAGUAUGGGGCGCCCCACACGGAGGAGGAUAAGAAGGGAGGGGAGAAGAAGCGGGAGGAGAAGGCGAAGAAGAAACACGACCGUAAGAGCCGCCGCUACGAAGAGGAAGAGGAGGACAACGAAGGAGGAGAGUGGGAGAAGGUGAAGGGCGGUGUCCCCCUGGUGAAGGAGAAGCCGAAGAUGUUCGCGAAGGGGACGGAGAUCACUCACGCUGUGGUGGUGAAGAAGCUCAACGAGAUCCUGCAGGCCAGGGGCAAGAAGGGGACGGAUCGCGCGGCGCAGAUCGAGCUGCUGCAGCUCCUGGUGGGUGUGGCCAACGAGAACAACUUGGGGGUCGCGCUGGAGGUGAAGAUUAAGUUCAACAUCAUCGCGUCCCUCUACGACUACAACCCCAACUUGGCCACCUACAUGAAGCCGGAGAUGUGGCAGAAGUGCCUGGGCUGCAUCGAGGAGCUGUUGGACGUUCUCUUCGCUCACCCCGAGAUCUUCAUCGGGGAGAACAUCGUGGAGGAGUCGGAGAACUUGGCCAACCCCGAGCAGCCCCUGCGGGUCCGCGGCUGCAUCCUGACCUUGGUGGAGCGGAUGGACGAAGAAUUCACCAAGAUCAUGCAAAACACCGACCCCCACUCCCAAGAGUACGUGGAUCACCUGAAGGACGAGGGGCGGGUGUGCGGCAUCAUCGCCCGUCUCCAGCGGUACCUUCAGGAGAAGGGAACGACGGAGGAGUUGUGUCGCGUUUACCUCCGCCGCGUCCUCCACACUUACUACAAAUUCGAUUACCGGGCUCAUCGCCGUGGGGCUGGUGACCCCCAAGUGUGGGGCGGGGAGGAAGAGGAAGAGGAGGAAGACUCGGCGGCUUUGAUGGAACGUCUCUGCAAGUACGUCUAUGCCAAAGACCGCACCGAUCGCAUCCGGACCUGCGCCAUUCUCUGCCACAUCUAUCACCACGCGCUCCACAGCCGCUGGUAUCAGGCGCGUGACCUCAUGCUGAUGUCACACCUGCAGGAUAACAUCCAACACGCUGACCCCCCCGUCCAGAUCCUCUACAACCGCACCAUGGUCCAACUGGGAAUCUGCGCCUUCCGCGAGGGUCUGAUCAAAGACGCCCACAACGCUCUCCUGGAUAUCCAAUCCUCCGGUCGUGCCAAAGAGCUCUUGGGACAGGGACUGCUGCUCCGGAGUCUCCAGGAUCGGAAUCCGGAGCAGGAAAAGGUGGAAAAACGUCGGCAGGUUCCUUUCCACAUGCACGUUAACCUGGAACUCCUGGAAUGCGUUUACUUGGUGGCGGCGAUGUUGUUGGAGAUUCCUUACAUGGCGGCGCACGAAUUCGACGCUCGGCGCCGGAUGAUCAGCAAACAAUUCCAUCAUCAGCUCCGCGUGGGCGAACGGCAACCGCUUCUAGGGCCGCCGGAAUCCAUGCGGGAACACGUGGUGGCGGCUUCUAAAGCGAUGAAAAUGGGGGAUUGGCGAACGUGUCACCGCUUCGUGGUCAACGAAAAGAUGAACGGCAAAGUUUGGGAUCUCUUCCCCGAAGCCGAUAAAGUUCGCGCCAUGUUGGUCAGGAAGAUCCAAGAGGAGUCGCUGCGGACGUAUCUCUUCACCUACAGCAGCGUCUACGACUCUAUCAGCAUGGAGAUCCUGGCGGAUAUGUUCGAGCUGGAUCUGCCGACCGUCCACAGCAUCAUCAGCAAAAUGAUCAUCAACGAGGAGUUGAUGGCGUCUCUCGACCAACCGACGCAGACGGUGAUGAUGCAUCGGACGGAACCGACGGCGCAGCAGAAUUUGGCGCUGCAGUUGGCGGAGAAAUUGGGGAAUCUGGUGGAGAACAACGAACGCGUCUUCGACCACAAACAAGGCUCCUACGGGGGUUAUUUCCGAGAUCAAAAAGACGGCUACCGGAAAGGAGACGGCGGCUACUUGCGACGGGGCGGUUACCGUCAACAAGACCGCGGCGGCGGGGGGAAUUACUGAGCCCCACGGCGCCUUUCGUCUGCCCCACGGCGCCUUUCAGCCCCACGGCGCAAUAAACCCUCCCCACGGCA